UCAGUUCAGUUCAGUUUAGUUUAGUUUAGAUUGUUGAGUUUCGUAUAGUAUAUAAUGAACUAUACUUGAGUCCUGUGACUUGUGAUUUCUAAGCUGUCAACAAUUCAACGGUCUUAUUUUAAUUCGUAAUGGAAUGCAUGGAUUUUAUAAUAUUGAAGGUGAAUGGGACUGAUGUUAGCUCGUCAUCGCAUGCAGAUGCUGUUCGAGAAUUCAUGGCUGCUGAUGAGCCAAUUAUUGUUGAAUUGGUUCGACGUGUAUCUUCAUUGAACUCGAACCAACGCGAUGUACCAACUUCAUCUGAACAAUCUUCAUGUUCCAGUACAACCUCCUCAAUUUCCAAUAAAAAUUUAAAUCAGUUUGAGAGCUCAACAUCGUUUAAUAAUGUUGGACCUGAUAUCACACCGAUAUACACAAAUCAAUCAAUUAUCAAAACCAGCAGAUCAGAACCAGAACCAGAGAAACCAGAAGCAGAACAGACCACUUCAACAUCAGAACAGGUCACGGUACAGCUUGUAAAUGUAGAUGUGGACGAUGAUCGAUUAGCCAGAACAAAUAAAUCAGACUCAGAUGUAGAUAAAGGUAAUGGAGUAGCAAUAGCAGACUGCGUUGAGAGUGGGAGUGAGAGUGACAGUGCUAGUGCUAGUGCCAGUGCUAGUACUAGUGCUGGUGCCAGUGCCAGUGACAGUGACAGUGAAGAGUUGUUAUUAUAUCAGAAUGGAUGUAUUGUAAAUAAAUGUAUUGGUUGUAAUUGCUGCCAAAUAAGUGUAAAUAAUGAAUCUGAGGAUGAACGUAACACUUACAAGAACGUAGCAAAACAAAAUAUAUUAUCAGCUUCAACUUCAACUUCAGUAGCAGUAGCAGUAGAACAACCUGUGUCUGUGUCUGUGUCUGUGUCAACUCAAACUCAUCUUACAGCACUUAAUUGGAUGGAUGAUAUUGAAGAUUGCCUUUACCAUAUUAAAUUAGGGGUGAACAGUGUUCCACAAACAAAACCACAAAUGGAUAGAAGUCAAGAUAACAUCACGGACGAUUCGAUAGAAACAAUCGAUGCAGAUGCAAGUGCAGGUGCAAGUGUUGAGGGUAGUAGGUUGGCAGAGAAUGUUUGUGGUAGCGAAAAAUAUUUAUUUGAACGCGAGCAUAUUGAUAAUGAUGACCCACAUAAUAUUUUAAUAAAGGACUCAACGAACGCAACAAACUCAUUUAUUCGUACACAAGUGCAAAGUAUCAACAAAGAAAUUAGUGAAUUAGAUAAUCGAAUGCAUAACAUACACAUUAUUAGUUCUUCGAAAGCAAGCAAAGCAAACCAAAAGCUACGAACGAGACCUAGAAGCAGAAAUAGGAAGAAAAAUAGAACUAGAACUAAAACUAGAACUAGGAGUAAGAGUAAGAGUAAGAUCGAGUCAGAGAACUAUGAACAUAUUUAUGAAACAAUACAAGAAUCUGAAGCAAACGAACCAAUCUAUUCAUUACCUUACGAAUACGAAUACGAUCCUGAUUCAGACAUCAUCGUUCAACGUACACUAACCAGUGUUUCAGUUGAUAAGAAAAAAAGAAGUAAACAUAAAAAUAUAUCAACAAAUACUAAUACUUAUACUAAUUACAAUAAUAUUAAUAACAAUGGUUUGCUGCAACUACCAACACCAAGUGUACCUGUACGAGCAACACCAACAACAACUCUAUAUGAGAAUUCACCAAGUGCUUAUAAUACCUGUGCUAAGUGCUACAACAUAGAUGGAGCUUGUUCAAACAGUAACCAGCAUAGUUCAAUAGCUACGUCUACAACUGCAGCUAAAACUACAAGUUUAACAUGCAAACUAGGCUGUAAUCAUAAAAACAGAUCAAUAUUACAAUUAUGUUCAUCUGGCCACUACAAUCAACAUUAUCGAUACUCUACCUCUACUUCGAAUUCGAAUUCGACUUCGACUCAACGUUUAAUUCAAUCGAAUUCAACAAAUAACCAUGGCAUUAUACCAAUGAUACCGAUGUCAAUGCAGACCAAUUGUAUCGCUACAAAUCCACCUAAAUUUAAAGCUAAAAAUUCAAGUGCAAAAAGAAGUCUCAUGCAUGGUUCCAAGUCCUUACCUAAUGCUAAUGCUAAUGUUCAAAUAUCAGCUGACACAAUGUACACAAACAUGGAGAAUUUACAUCAAACAAUUUUAUUGCAACAGCAACUGUUUAGACGUGCUUUGAAUCAACAAACAAAAGAUCCAGUACCAGGUGUAUCAGUGGCAGUAUCAGAACGUUCUAGUACUAAUACGACUAGUUGCACAUUCCCUGGUGGAUCGACCAAAACCUUCGACCUUCAUCAAACCGAACCUCAUGCUUCUGUUUCUACUUCUACGUCCAACGAUCAAGAGUUAAAAAUGGAAUGGAAGGUGAAACGACGACCAAAUGGUACACGAUAUAUUACUAGACGACCAAUACGUAAUCGUAUAUUACGUAAUCGAACCAAAGAAAUCAUUGAAGAACGUACUGGUGGGGAUUUGACUACGUCACCGGGUACGGAAGAUGAUACGUGUUCCGAAAUCAAGAUUGGAAGAUAUUGGACAAAAGAUGAACGUAGACGACACAUAUUGGAUCGUGAACAUAAAAAUAAUAAAAUUGAUAGUUGUAAGAAAUGUUUUAAGUGUGUUCCAGUACCAGAACCAGUACCAGUACCUGUAUCUGUAUCUGUACCAACAAGCAUCAUGUUAAAUGCAAAUAACAUUCAAAAAACCAGUACUAGUCCAAAUGAACUGCAGCUACAACCAAUGGUUGCUGUUACUGAUACUGAUGGUACUGGAAUUGGUACUGGGACUGGUACUAGUACUGGUACAAAUGACUUCCUACCAACAUGUACCACAUACUGUACAUCAUCUCCAUCAACAGUGACACAGCAGCUUCAACACACUCUCAAAAAUAAAAAAUCAUUGAAAUCAAAAAAGUCUCAUAAAGAUAAAGAUAAAGAUACAACAACAACAAAGAUGGCGUUGCAGAUGGAUAACGAGUACGACUUUAAAACUGUCCAAGAUAUGAUUGUGAAUGGUGCCACAAAUACUCAUAGUAAUUCCAAAAUGAUUGGACUAUUGUCCGUGACCACUGUCUAACAGCUCACAGCUCACAACUCACUUCAUCUUAAAAUAGAUAAAGUUUAGUGUAAUACUAUUUAAUUGAAGUUAUUGAAAUAAAUACCACGAUACUCGAAAUAAAAAAUACCAUUAAAAAACAUAUAACAGACUUAUAUGUCGCUAAAUAUUGAUAUUUCAAUUGCAACGCAAUCAUCGUCAGUAGCUAAAUUUAUUUAACACAUUACCUGGCGCUACAAACAUUUUUCACGGAAAAUAUCUGUAACGCCGAGCAUUAAUUUAAAAUUUUCUAGAGAACUAUUAUAGAGUAUUUUGAGCUAAAAGAAACAGAUCUUAUUUGAUUAUUGACUUUUCUUUUGUCUUUUGUGCGACAAUGAACCUUCGACAAGGAACCCAUAAAAAUCUGCCAUCAUAGCUGGAUCCCAUCGUCUUUGGUAUCUUAUUUCUAUUGUUCGCACAUGUUAUUCUUCACUUAUUCUUCUCGAAUAUACAGAGUCAUUUAACUUUCAAAAAUAGCAUUUACAUGAUCGGAGGCUCUCGCCACAACAUAGGAACUGCAAAAGGCAUUUUCUUUUGUUUACUUUUCAUCCAAUUUGGGACUUUCGAAAGUCCCAUGUAACAAGAAAUGCGUCUUCUUUGAUCAUUACCCAUAUUUUUAGCCUUAAAACAUCUGUAAAUAAUUUAACUUGAUAAAAUAAUUACAAAAAAACUUGAUUCGUAAUAUUUUGAAUAAUCUAAUAGGUCAAUUCUAGCGAAAUUAUAAAACAUUAAAUAAAACUGAAAUUAGACUUGUCCCAAAACUUUGAUGACUUGGUGUGUGAAAGAUGAGGGUAGUGCAACAAAAAUAUAUGACAUCUAUUCUGGUUGUCAAACCCCUGUUCCCUAGUGAAAUCAAUAAUUACGGCUGUGUUUCGAUAAACACUGGGAGCCUCUUUCUGGUGAGAAAAUCGUUCCGAUAUAGACUACCAGGUCAUACCAAGGUCAUGAAUCACCGCCAUUUUUGUACUACAAGCACUGGCGUUUUAGAGGUAUUUGGUCUCAGCGUAUAUUGGAACAUAACCUAGGUAUUAUGUAAUAAAAUUUGUUUCGAAAUAAUAAGAUUUGAUUCAGAAUAAAAAAGAUAUAAAAGAAUCUACUGGCAACCCUGUACAGUGUACAGUGUACACUACGUUUGUGGUUAUCAAUCAACGUUAUUGUUAGUGUUCAUUGUUCAUUGUUAAGUGAGUCAAUUUAUU